AUGACAUGUUUUAGAGAAUUAAAGUCAGAGAAAAGCAGAACGCCUGUCGUUAAUGUUGUAGAUGAAAAUACGGUGACAAUAACUAAUAUAAAAGUCAGUGUCUCCGGUGCUGGCGAUAGUCGGAAGCGUAUACGCUCAUACAAUGCAGAUUAUAUUAUUAAUGAUAGCGUUAUUCCAGGAACAAGUCCUCACGAUGGAUCACAGGAAAAAGUAUACAACACGAUUGGAAGGCAAGUGCUCGCGAGUGUCUCCAACGGAAUUUCGGCUUGCGUUUUGGCGUAUGGUCAGAGUGCAACGGGAAAGACUUAUACCAUGAUGGGUACUGAGACCCAGCCGGGACUUAUACCCAGAUUGUGUAUGGCGUUGGGUGAACAAAAUAUGGAUAUAACUGUCAGUUUUUUAGAAAUUUACAACGAGCGUGUUCAUGAUUUAUUGGCCUCUGAGGUUCUCCCCUGUAAUUCCCUUCCUCGAAGGAAAGGUAACGCCUGGAAGGAUUUAAGGGUCAGAGAGCAUCCUAAUAAGGGGCCAUAUGUACAAAACCUUCGUCGAGUCCUGGUACACGACUUGGAGUCUCUAUUAAGUGUAGUAAGUGAAGGUAAACGCAGACGACGAACAGCUGCUACCCGAAGGAACUGCAGCUCCUCCCGGUCCCAUGCGGUUUUGGAAUUGGCCACACCAUUGGCUACUUUGCAACUGGUAGAUUUGGCUGGCAGUGAAAAAGCUGGUCAAGAAGGUUAUGCAUGUAGUCGACAAAAGGAAGGAGCGAAUAUAAAUAAAUCCUUGGUGGCACUUAGCAACGUUAUUUCUGCUCUAGUGAGUGGUGGCGGUCCUGGGAGAUUUGUUCCGUACAGAGAUUCAGCUCUAACUUGGCUCUUGAAAGAUUGCUUCACCGGUGGCGCCAACACGUUUAUUAUAGCAACUAUAUCACCAAGUACAGCAUGUUACGGGGAAUCUGCUUCAACCCUGCGCUGGGCCGCUAGAACCAGACAGUUACCGCCAAAACGAGCGAACGCUGCCGUUAAUCUAACCACUAAGGCAGCUUUACAGGCACAAUACAAUCAGUUACUUCGGGAACUGACCAAACAUUUUAUACGCUACAUACCAGAAACGGGGAAGCUUUCAUUCGAUGAAAAUCACUGGAAGUUAAAUAAUACCUCUUUAUCUGAUGUUGAGCAAGCCGCAGCAAACAUAGGGAACAUCAUGAAUUUUUCACGGCCUAAAAUUGAUGAACAAAAUGUUAAUAUACCCACAGAUGCGAUACCGGACGACAAUCCUACUGGAAAUCAAACAGUAUUUGUGGAAGAAAUAAAUAAGGAAAUAGACAAAAUGUUUGCACCACCCUUCGAAAGGGCACGAAGUGGUAGCGAUUUUGAAAUUGUUGCCCCAAUCAAGCACAAGAAAAGGCAGUACAGAUCACAAGAAGUUCUUUCCACUAAUAAAACAUCACAACAAUCAACAACAAAGCAUAAUUUAUCAGAAAUUAGCCCAAGUGUUAGCGAAGAAAGACUUGAUGAAAUAAAUAGCUUAAAAGCUAAGUCAAAUAUGCCAACAUCUCUUUUGUACGAUAAUAAUCAAAGAGCGGAAAUAGUUGCAUCAGUUACAGAGAGGUUGUACUCAAAACUAAAAAGGAAUGAAGAGGUAGCUGGGAAGCUGGACGCUAACGUUGAUAAGAAAUUAAUUCAGCCAUUGAGCGAGUUAAAAAUUUGUACAAAUGCCCGACAACGUCUGAUGGAAUUAAGUCAAAAAGCUCUAAGAAACAAACGAAGAAUUGGCAUUCCAGCUUAUACGCAAACGAAAAAGUUCAUAGUGCGAGUAAAAGAUCAAGCAAUUGAUGUACAAAGUGAAUUGCUGCCGUACGAAUGCAUCAGAAAUAAUUCUUGUGUGUUUCAACGAGACGUUGGAACUGAAACUAUUUCAAUAACACCUCGAUAUAAAGAAGUGAGUGUCGGAUCAGAUCAUGGAUAUUUGCAUUUCAAACACAGUUCAACGAUGACUGAUAAUAGAAAGAUCUUUAAAACAUCAAGUACAAUGACUAUAGACGUUAUUCAAAAUGAUCGAUGCACACAAACAUGUAUAUUACCACCCCCAAGGAGAAAAAGACGGCCAAACCUGCUAUCCAAGUACAUCAAAAGUAUUGAAAAUCGUAAAAAUAAUUCUACAAAUGCAGCUCCUAUCAUAAAUAUCAAUAUAUCUCCGAUGUAUGAUGAGGACUCAGAUUCACAAAAUUCUGAUUCCACAACAGCAGGGAAUGCAGUUCAACCGCAACAGCAACCGCCUUUGGAGACUAAAAUAUUACCUCCAGAUCUAUUAACUAAUCAUAAUAAUUUCAUUUCAAAUCCAACCAUAGAAAAACAUAAGAUUGACGAAAUUAGAAAUAAAGACAUUGAUACUGAUGAAGACAGUAUACAAAGUGAUAAAACAAUUGACAAACCAAACAACAAUUUAGAUGAUUUUUCUAAUGAUGAUGAUAUAACCCUGCCAAGAACAAGUAUAGGUGUAGAUGAUGCAAGGGUAGCUGGUUAUUCUGAUAUUAAAGAUAUGAUAUUAGGACGAAAUGCAGACAUGUAUCCUUAUAACAUAGCUAUUUCGCCAUUACGAGAAAGAAAUGCAAGUGGCCCCAGUAUAAGAUUUUUAGAUAAAAAUGCAGAAAGCGACGAGGAUUUUGUAUCUCUAGAGAAUUCAAGCUUUCAUUUUGAACGUUCCGAAUCAAAGUAUUUAAAAGAAAUAGAUUCUUUCUCAUCUGAUUCAACUGUUUCUAAUGAGACCAACUCAGAUUUUGGUCGUUGCAAAAGCAAUAAUUUUUCAAAGGAUAAAAAAAGGAAUAUUCGUAACCAUUCAAGUUAUUCAAAUAAUAUAAACAUAAAUACGGAUAUAAUUAAAAACACAUUCGAAGCAACGAAGGGUAAGCUUUAUAAGGAAUACUUGGGCUUGGAUAGAAAAGAAAUUAAUGAUGAGACUUGUUCAAACUGUUCGCUUAAUAUUAAAUCUGUACCGAAAAAUGGAGACAGAUUAAACAAUAUUUAUAGAAAAGGUGAAAUAUUAUCAAAAGGGAAUAACGAUGAUAAGAAUGAUACGUUUGAAAAUGUUCAUAAUGAAAUCAAAAAUUCAUGCAGGAGACUAGAGUUUGCUGUAAAUAAUUACGAAGUUUACUUAGAUUCUCAUAGGAGGAACAAAGAACAUAAUAUUAAGUCACCCACGAAAUACUUACAGCACUUAAUAGAAAUACGAAAAGGUUUGGUAGAGGAAGAAAAACUGGGUUCAAGUAGCACUGAUGGCAUUUGAUCCGUCUCCUUACUUAUAAUUAAUAACAACAAGUAGUGUCGAAAUGAUUGAUCGAUUAAUCGAGAUUUUUCUGGGCAAUUACUACCGUUCUUCGUCUCGUGCACUUGACCAAUUUUAAAAUUAGUGCAUGUUUGAUACAUGUAGGCAACGAUUAUUAUUAAUUCCUAAGAAUAUAAUUACUUUAUCUGGAGUCGUAAGUUAACGAAUUUAUUAUCUAAAAGUUUUAUAAAGUUAAUUUGUACAUUUUUACAUAGAAUAAUAAGGGAUAAUUUGCAAGUUUUUUGUCAUACAUACAUUUCUACAUAACAUUUAUUUAGGUGGCUAUGUAUGUAAUUAAAAAAAAAAUCAUUGUACCUAAAAAAUAAUUAUUUUAUAUAGCUAAUUGAGUGGCAUUUAUCCAAACUAUAUUAUAAUCUUAAAUAUUUGAAAUUACGA